UCAUUGUGUUUUGACAAAUGUCAUCUGUCAUUUGACGUAACUACUUACCUACCUGUCUUUAUACUAUUACAAAUUUUAUUUGUCUGACUUCAGACUUGUUGCGGCAGUUGUUCCACUGAGUAGCCGGCCAGUGGCAAUCAGGCAAUUAGCAAGAUUUAACUCGUCAUCAUUGAAGAAUACCUACUUCAUUUUCUUCAAAAUUUAUAAGACGAGAAGAGAUGUCUGGUGAAGCGCACGAGGUUCACGGCGUGGCGGUGGCGCCGAUGAACGAUAUGAACAGCGCCGAUUACGAUGCGCUCGUGGUGAUCACAGGCGAAGGCAUCACGCCGCCACACGCGCUACAGGAUUUCGUAGCAUCCGCACUACAGCUUGACGCUGGACUUAAUAAGUGCGUGGCGGUGCUGCGGUGCCCGCUGGUGAGCGGCGCGCGGCUGGUGUUGUCGCCGACGGGUCCGCUGACGCCGUACGACGACGUGCGCAGCGUGGAGGAGGCGGCGCGCGCAGGCGUGCGGCGCGCGGUGGCGGCGGGCGCGACUCGCCCCGCGCUCGCGCUGCGCCCGCACGCGCGCUGGCGCCGCGCCGACCUCGUCGCGCUGCUCGCCGCGCUAGAGGCAUUCUAUGAGCCGUUGCAGAUCCGCGAGUCGUGGCCGCAGCGGGCGCACUCUGUACGCGCGUUCGGCGUGUACGCGGAGGGAAUACCCACGCCUCUAGACGUACUGCUGCGCGAUGCGGUGGCGCUCGAGAUCGCUAGAGGCCUGUGCCGCGACAUCGGCGGCGCGGACCCGGAGCGCAUGGCGCCGGAGGGGUUCGCGCGCGCCGUGCACGAGGCGUUCGCGGGCAGCGCCGUGCGCGUGCGCGAGGUCUCCGACGAGGAGACACUCAAGCGCGAGUACCCGCUCCUGGCCGCCGUGGACCGCGGCGCCAGAGCCGUGCCGCACCACCGCGCACGCGUGCUGCACCUCGAGUACGUGCCGGACACGUACGACGCCACGCUGCUGCUCGUCGGCAAGGGCGUCACCUACGACACCGGCGGCUGCGACAUCAAGGCGGGCGGCGCCAUGGCCGGCAUGUCCCGCGAUAAGUGCGGCGCUGCAGCCAUUGUCGGAUUCCUUAAGGCGUGCGUGUUACUGCGGCCGGCGCUGAAGGUGGUGGCGGCGCUGGGCGUGGUGCGGAACUCGGUGGGGUCGCGCGCGUACGUCGCCGACGAGCUGCUGCGCUCGCGCCGCGGCGUACCCGUACGCGUCGGCAACACAGACGCAGAGGGGCGCAUGGUCAUGGCCGACCUGCUCGCUGAGAUGCAUGACCGCGCGGAGUCGGAGAAGAACCCGCACGUGUACACGGUGGCGACGCUGACGGGACACGCGCACCGCGCCUACGGGGACGGGUACACCGCCGCGCUCGACAACCACGCCGCGCCCGCGCACGCCGAGAAACUGCGCGCCGCCGGGGAACUGCUCGGGGACAUGGUGGAGGUGUCGCGCGUGCGGCGCGAGGACCUGGCGGCGCACCGCGGGCGCGCGCACGGCGACGCGCUGCACCAGGCCGACUCGCGCCCGUCCGUGGCCACGCCGCGCGGACACCAGGCGCCCGCCGCGUUCCUGCUGCUGGCGGCGGGGCUGGACGCCGGGCCCGUGCCCUUCACGCACCUGGACGUGGCGGCGAGCGCCGGCAGCUUGCCGCACGCGCCCACCGCCGCGCCGCUGCUCGCGCUCGCCGCGCUGCACGGACUGCUCGCCGUCUGACCGACGCUACACUCGCCGCACGACGCCCACGGAACAGAGCAUAAUAUUUACAUCAUAUAUACUAAUAUUUACACCCUAAGUGUCGGCCUUUUUACGUGACAUCUGGCUGGACUAUAUUAGAGAUAUAUUGUAAAACAUGUUAGUAAUGUGAUAGAAAAAAACUUUAAACAAGAGAUUCUUGUUGUGCUCACUAGAAAUUACUACAUAAUAUAUUGUUAGUUGCUACUUCCUGGGCACUAACAAAGCCACAAGGUUAUGAUUUGAGCCAUCGAUGUACUGCUACAUGCAUGUAAUUGACGCCGACCAUACUAUUAAUACUUAGGGAGAGAAUGCAAAUGUUACAUAAUUUUCACAUAUAUUAUAAUUUUAUACUGUUGUAUCAUGUGUAUCAUAAUAACUAAUUAAAAUAUAAUAUUACAAA